AUGCAGCUGUACUCACAAAAGAUCUACCACAAGAUCCGUGACUCGACCACCAUCGUACGAGAAGCGAUCAUCUGCCAGCGAGAAAACCCCCUUUACAUCAACACCGUCCGUGAUUUCCGCGACCGGCGAUACAACUACAAGGGCAAAGCGAAGAACUCAGGUGCAUCGUCCACCGAGGUUGACGGUGCCAAGAAGAUGAUCAUUUGGUUCGACUCCCUGCAACUGGCACACAAGGUCAUUCUCAACUGCUUCUUGGCUACGUCAUGCGGAAAGUUGAGCGUCUGGGUCGUCCCCUCGAGCUUGACACGGACGGUAUCUGGUGCAUGUUGCCGGCCACAUUCCAAGCUCAUGGAGCUCAUUUCUGAGAACCGCAGCAUGACCGAGACCUUGGAGGAAUACGGUAGUCAAAAGUCAACGUCCAUCACAACCGCCAAACGUCUGGCGGACUUCCUGGGUGAGGGCAUGGUCAAGGACAAGGGGUUGAACUGCAAGUUCAUCAUUUGCGCGAGACCUAAGAGCGCCCCAGUCGCUGAGCGUGCCGUCCCGUUGCCAUCUUCUCCGCCGAGGAGGAUACGAAGCGGCUUCAUCCAGAAGCUCAUCACCAUUCCUGCUGCUCUGCAAAAGGUGCGCAACCCGGUGCCGCGCGUGCCGCACCCAGACUGGCUACAACGCCAGAUUAGCAUCAAGAACGACAAGAUGAAGCAGAAGAAGCUCACGGACCUUUUUGGGCCAACAACAAAAGACAUCGGCUCGUUUUUUAAGCCCAAGACCGUCAGCUCCGCCAUCUCCGCAUCACCAAAAAACAGCCACCACGGUCUCAGAAACGCGAGUCGCCUGGACCUGCAGGGGGCCAACAUCCCUUUGCCAGUCUGCCGAAGAAGAUGCCUUCUCCCAGCGAAGACUAUCCAGCGUUCUUGGAAUCCCAAAGCUCAAGUGGAAGCUGCAAAAGCAAGCAAGAGCGCGCCGGAGACACCCUUCGGUGACAGGCGCAGCAACCUCCAGAGCAAUAUCCAGCAAACGUUCCGCAACCAGGCCGAAAUAACCUUCAGGAAUACCUGGCAGGUACUACAGCUCCGGGCUACCGACAGCCCCGGCAUUGUCCUCGCCUACGUGCUCAUCGAUGGCAAGAUUCACGCAGUGAAGGCCAACGUCCCGCGCCAAGUCUUCCUGAACUUGAAAUCGGAUUUGUGUCUCUUGCCCCUUGUCGGUAGCACCCCGAGGAGUAAGGAGCCGCCGAACAUCGAGGUUAAAGGCUGCCACGUCGAGCAGGUCUACCACACGCUUCCUAACGGACAUUCCUCGGUUCAUUUGUUCAAGCUCACGGUGCCUGAGGAAAUCUACUUCGCCGAAGCCGAGAAGUUCUCGUUGCUUUUCAACCACCCCAUCAUGAUGGUUGCUGUUGAACUGAAAGAUGUGGGCUAG